CCGGCAUGCGCUGUCUGAGAGCGAGAGUGGUGCUUGCAGUUUGGAAUCAGUUCCUGCUCUGCAGCAGUCACUUGGGCAUUUUAUGCUCACCUCUCUUUAAUGGAAAGGAACAAAAAAGCCUUGCAGCAUACCAGUGAACUAAACAGGAGCUGACCACAGGGGAGAAUCUGAUGCAAACAUAAAGACUGUUGGGACUCUGUGACAUAAAUCACCAAGUUGAAAAACCAAAGAAGGUUUUCAGAGGAAUGCAAAAGGAACAGGAGUUUUAAAAGCAGGAAGUUGAAAGGGGAACUCCAUAAGAUGAAUUUCACCCAGCAUCGUGGGACACUCCAGCCUCUCCAUUUUUGGAACCACAGCUACAGACCGCACGGAGGUGCCAGCGAGCCAAAUGCAAAGGGCCACUCCUCGGGAGGCUGCUACGAGCAACUCUUUGUAUCCCCUGAAGUGUUUGUGACUCUGGGCAUCAUCAGCUUGCUGGAGAACGUCUUGGUCAUUGUGGCGAUAGCCAAGAACAAGAACCUCCAUUCACCCAUGUACUUCUUCAUCUGUAGCUUGGCAGUGGCUGACAUGCUAGUGAGUGUAUCUAAUGGAUCAGAAACAAUUGUCAUCACGCUGCUAAACAACACAGACACAGAUGCACAGAGCUUUACCAUAAACAUUGACAAUGUCAUUGACUCAGUGAUUUGCAGUUCCUUGCUUGCAUCAAUUUGCAGUCUUCUCUCAAUAGCAGUGGACAGGUACUUUACUAUCUUUUAUGCCCUCCAGUACCAUAAUAUCAUGACAGUGAAACGUGUAGGUGUUAUCAUAACAUGCAUCUGGGCUGCUUGCACGGUCUCAGGCAUUUUGUUCAUCAUUUACUCUGACAGCAGCGUUGUCAUCAUCUGCCUUAUUAGCAUGUUCUUCACUAUGCUCAUUCUCAUGGCAUCCCUCUAUGUCCACAUGUUUAUGAUGGCUCGGAUGCAUAUAAAAAAGAUUGCUGUUCUUCCAGGGACUGGCCCUAUUCGCCAAGGGGCCAACAUGAAAGGGGCCAUCACUCUCACCAUCCUGAUUGGAGUUUUUGUUGUGUGCUGGGCUCCAUUUUUCCUGCACCUGAUUUUCUACAUCUCCUGCCCCUACAACCCUUACUGUGUAUGCUUCAUGUCCCACUUUAACUUCUACCUGAUCCUCAUCAUGUGCAAUUCCAUCAUUGAUCCACUAAUCUAUGCAUUCCGGAGUCAGGAGCUCAGGAAAACAUUCAAGGAGAUUAUAUGCUGCUGUAGCCUGAGAGGGCUUUGUGAUUUCCCUGGCAAAUAUUAAACCAAAUGGAUGGAUAUGUUACUGUGUACACAACAUGCAGCACAGAUUUCCAAGCCUUCAGAUCCUCUUUCUCAGCAGAAUUUGCUUUAAAUCUUUAAGAGUGAGCACCUCUUUCUGUCUCCCCUCUCUCUCAUUCUUGUAUCCCAUUCGCAUGUAAUUAAUAUUUCUUAAAAAUGUUUGUGAUGUCUACAGUUUGUAAUUUAUUUAGCUGGAAAGAGAAGUAGCACUUCAUAGCAGUUUGUAAGAAGCAAAUAAAUGUAAUGAUUUAUGUGAAAUACCAACAAACACGAGCAGCUGUAUAUUUCAACUGCUGAAAAAAUAAAUAACUUGCCUGACUUACAGUA